UACAGCUCCGGAGAUAGCUUUCAGAACUAUACCCUUCACUGGUGGCCUCUCUUCCGCCUUUCCAGAAUUCCGUCUUAUUUGACCCUCCGCUUCCGCCUUCUGUCUUCCGUUUUUAAAAUCUAGCCGUUGCAAUCCCUGGCACCCACACCCACUUAUGAAGUGUUUUUUAACAAAGAAAAAAUUUUUUAUUUUAAGCGCUUUUCAUUUUCUCAGGUUAAAAAUGACGUGUUUUUAUUUAAACAAAAAUAUACAUAUAUAAUUGUGAUUCAAUAUUUUUAACAUUUAUUUUUACAAAAAAUCUUUUAGAUUUUAAAUUUUUUAUUAAAAAUAAACUCAAAAAAAUUUAAAAAUGGUUUAUGGUGCAGCUAAUCAAAUGAUUAAAUUUUUUGUUUUCAUAGCCAAUUUUCUAAUUUUUCUUUUUGGCGGGCUUCUUUUUGGAUUUUCGCUUUGGGCAAAUUUGGACAAAAAUUUUGACAAUAAUUUUCGUGAAUUUGCCCAAAAACUAAAAUUAGAUAACAAAAUAAUUGAUUUAUUAGCGCAGUACCAAUCAUGUUUGUGGAUUCUUGUAGCAGUCGGGGCGCUUUUGUUGGUUGUUGGAUUUUUGGGAUGUUGUGGGGCUGCUUGUGAGAGUUUGGUGCUUUUAAGUUUGUUUUCAAUUCUCAUUUUAAUUCUUUCGUUAAUUGAAUUGUAUGUUCUUAUAUCUUUGUUUACUAAUAGAGGAGAAUUAUUAGAGAAUCUACAUGGCGCCUUUGUUAAAAGCGCAGAAACAGUAGAUGGUCGAAAGAAUUUAAAACCAAUAGAGGAUUUAUUGCAAUGUUGUGGUGCUACAAUUGAAACCAAACAAACUUAUAUUAAAGAAAAUUUAUGUCCUGGGGAAUUAAAGGAUAAGGUAAAAAUAUAA